AUGGCUUCGGCUGGCAAAACCUUCAUUGUCGAGCAUCUCGACCCAGAGCUUGGCCCUUGGUCAGAGCUCGAGUACCUAGCCAUCGCAGCUGAGAGUGAGGAGACCAAAGCCAAAUUCAUCCUCUCCUGCCUGCCUCCCAACUUUCAAGUUCCGGCUGCAUUGGCUGCCAGCAAGGCCUUCACGGCAGAGCACCGCGGGGUCGAGGAGCUUUACGCCGGCCAGAAGUCUCGAGUCUGCCUUUUGGAUCCCGCGGCAGCCAAGGAUUUGGCGCCCGAAGACGGCGAGACAUUCGAUGCGUUUCUAUUUGGAGGCAUUUUGGGGGAUGAUCCUCCUCGAGACCGAACCUCUGAACUGAGAAAGAAGGGAUUUGAGGGCAGACGGUUGGGCCCAAAGCAAAUGACUACAGACACAGCCGUCCGAGUGACUCGAAUGGUCGUACAAGAUAAGAUAUCCCUUGACCAAGUGCCGUAUCUGGACUUUCCAGAGCUCAAGUUUAACGAACAUGAAAGCACUCAGAUGCCGUUUCGCUAUGUCUCAGGCGUAGAUGGAAAGCCAAUCAUGCCAAAGGGAAUGGUCGAAUUAAUACAAAAGGACGCUGAUAAAUCUGUGGAUGACCUAUUUUGA